AUGCGCCACUUACACGUGCCUAAGUAUGAUGAGCUCAACCUUGGUGACUCGGUGGCAGUCAUCGCAUGGGCCUCAAGCUUCCUGCCCCUCUACUACAAGGCGCACGACAAGGUUUUCUCCCGAAUCGUGACAUUGUUCGAGAACAAGGAGAACGUCCCGAAGUCAAUGGAAGACUUCAAGUCUUGGAUUCUCAUCAUCCAUCCGAACAGCGAUGAGCAUAUCAAGAAAAAUAUUCUGGUGGAAGGCCGCUGCAGGCGUGGAUGGAAAGAGAUGUUCGCGUUCCUGCUCUGGAAUUGGGAACACGUGCUAGGGGAUCACAUAUUCCUCAUGGAGCGAGGCAUCGGCAAUGCAAUCAGAGACCUGGCUGUCAAGAUGCGACACCUCCGGUUCGUGAUCUACGACGUUCAAAGGUGCCCGGUGGAAGAGUCGCGCUGGCCGAUGCCUCGUUUGAUCGUGGUUGACAUGGGUGAUGAAGCCACUCCGGAGAAAGCCGUUGAGUGUGUCGUCGCCGGAGAUGUGGACAUGUUGGACAAGAUCAUGCCCAUGGACUAUUUCACUGGCAACCUUGUGUGGUUCCAUGCGACGAGCCCCGCCGAAGCUAAGCACUUACCCAACCCAUACGACACGUCCAACAUGCUUGACAAGGGCACCGGCACCGAUGACGACGCGAUGGACACCUGA